AUUUAUAUCGACGCGUUGAUAAAAAAAAAAACAAAAACCAUUUGCCAUUUGUGACACAUACAUGUUCUGAUUCUUAGAUAUACGUCAUUCGUCAUUGUUUUUUUUAUAACUGCAAAAUCUAAAUUAUUCCAGAAUCACGAAUCCAAACAAACAAAAAAAAAAAUGUCUACAAAUCAAGAAAAUUCAUCACUCAACAAUCAAAAUAACUCGAAAUAUCCAAUAGAAAAAUUGUUCGAUUUAAAAAGAAUCAAAUCAUCACAUCUGUGGCUAACAUUAUAUUCACCAUUGGGAUUAUGUUUAUUCAUAAUCAGAUUUUUCAUAUUCCUAUAUGUUUUAUUUGUUUCAUCCAUUCUGCCUCAUAGUUCAACAGUGAGAAGAUCAUUAUUUUUCAUACUCGGCAUAUCGAUCACAGUGGAUGAAGAAUAUUUUCGAAAAUUAAAAGCCAAAUUCUUGGUCGCAAAUCAUAUUUCGGAUUUGGAUCCAGUUAUUUUGAAUCUUUUAAUGCCAUGUGCCGCAUACGUUAAUAGCAGUAGCAGUAGAAGUAGUAGUGCAAAUAAUCAACCAUGUUAUAUUAGUUGGCUUUGUCGGAUAUUAAAACGUGAUGAUGAUGGUGGCGGUGAUGGUGAUAAUAAUGUAUAUGAAUUGUCAACAAAAAACAUACCGAUUGUUUGUUUUCCUGAACAAUCCAAAACAAAUGGCCGUUUUGGUUUAUUUAAAUUUACAUCAUGCUUUUAUCAUCAUGAUUCAUUGGUACAUAUGGUUUUUCUUCAAACAAAACGGCCAUUUUUCAAUGUUAGCAUAUCACCAUUGGGUGGCCAUUGGUUAGCCGAUUUAUUCUGGAUUCUUUUUCUUCCUGUUACCAUAUUUAAAGUCAAACAUCUUGGUACAUUGGAAAAAGAAGAAACGGAAACAUUCGAACAAUUCUUACAACGUAUCCAAUCGGUGAUGGCUUCGAAAACCGGUUUACAAGCAACCGAUUAUUGUUUACAUGAUAAACGUGAAUUUAUUAAACGUUUAUUAACGGAAGAAAAUUUUAAAAGAUCUUUAUUAUCAACAAAAAACAGUGCUGGUAAUAAUAAUCGUCAAAAACAACAACAACAACAAUCAACAAACAAGCAAAAUGGAUUGAAAAUUGAUGAAUAUUCACAAAAAGUUAAAGAAAUUUUACCACAAGUUCCAUUGAAUGUGAUAAAAGAGGAUAUUGCCAUAACAAAUAAUAUUGAUGAUACUGUUGAACGUAUACUGAAUGGUGUGGUUAAAUUUGAACCGGAACCACAACAACAACAACAACAAUCAUCAUCAUCGGUUAAUGAUCAUUCUAUCCAAUCAACAUUGAAUACAAACAUAAAAAUAUCGGCAAUAGAUAAUAAAAAUUUUGCUGCAAAAACAUUUGGUAAAACAUCGUCCGAACGUGUGUCAUCAUUUCAGGAACGUAAAGAACAAAUGUAUCGUAUGGCACGUAUACGUUAUCUAAGGAAACGUGGCCUAGUUAAUAAUAGUAAUUUGUUGUUGCCGCAACAACAGCAACAAUGAAAAAAAAAUGGUAUAACAACAAAAAAAUCGAUAAUCGGUGG